AUGUCUUGGAACGCAUAUACCGACAACCUUCUCAAAUCCGGCUACUUCGACAAAGCCGCCAUCUUCUCUGCGGACGGAGCGGGUGUCUGGGCCAACAGCGGGAACUUGACGCUGCAGCCCGGAGAGAUCAACGCCAUUGUUGCCGGGUUCAACGACGCGUCGCAAUUGCACAUGUCCGGCUUCCACGUCGAAGGCCUGAAGCAGUUCUGCAUCAAGGCGGACGCCAGAUCCAUCUACGGUAAGCACGAGCAGCAGGGCGUGAUGUGUGUCAAGACCAAGCAAGCAAUCAUCAUUGCGCACUCGCCAGAGGGCGUCCAGGCCGGCGGUGCCGCCACCGUUGUCGAGAAAAUGGGCGACUACCUCAUUGGCAGCGGCUACUGA